AUGCUGAGCAGCUACCAAUCGCGCGUGGAUGCCACGAUUGCGAUGUCGAGGCAGCAGGAAGCGGAGGCGCGGAGACGGGAUGGGGAGCGGGUGAAAGUGGUCGCAGAGGAGAUGCGGAGGAUCGACGAGAGGAUACGGAUUAAGCGGGAGAUGGAAAGACAGAAGCUGAUGGAGGAGAGGAGGGCGCAGGAGGAGUACAGACGGGAGAGGCGGAGGACGGAGCAGGCGACCCUCAACCAAGCCAUUACGGACGCUUGGGAGAGGUACGAGACUCGCUGGGACAAGCUCAAGAUGCCAGACUUCGACGAGGCACUUACGUUCCGCACUAUCCCGUGGCCUUUGACGUACAUUCCGAAGACGAUUGAAGAUAUUCACCCGCACGCGAUCACCUUCUUCCUCCUAUCGCCCCUCCACUCUGAAGAGCAGCCAAGGAAGGAGAGGAUACGCAGCGCUCUGCUUCGCUGGCACCCGGACCGGUUCCGACGGCUGUUGGACAGAGUGGAGGAGACUGACAGGAAAGCGGUAGAAGAGGGCGUUGGGGUCAUCACACGAUGCAUUAACGACCUCUUGAUGAGAGAGCAGAGCUUCUCGGCAUAUAACUUAUGA